CAACUUUCACGAUCAUUACAAAAUAAUAAAAUAAUAGUUGGUCAACUUCUAUAUUAAUUUCUAUAAUAUUUCACCUCGAUUAAGUUAAUAAUAAAUACACAUGAUCAAGUUGAAUAAUUGUAAGUUGUAUGUAUACAUAUUCUCUCCUCAACCUUUCUCAUUGCAGAAGACAAACCAGAAAGAAAAGAAAAACAGAUCACACCGAAGGCUUUCUCAUGGAGGAAACAAAACCAAAGACCGUUGAAGAUGUUGAGACCGUUGAUGUUUAUACAGCUAAAGGCUUUCUUAGUACUGGUCACCGAUAUCUCGACGUAAGGACAAAUGAAGAAUUUGCCAAGAGUCAUGUUGAGGAGGCUUUGAACAUUCCUUAUAUGUUCAAAACAGAUGAAGGUAGGGUUAUAAAUCCUGAUUUCCUUUCUCAAGUGGCAUCGGUUUGCAAGAAAGAUGAACAUUUGAUCGUGGCUUGUAACGCUGGAGGAAGAGGAAGUCGUGCUUGCGUUGAUCUUCUUAACGAGGGGUACGACCAUGUGGCUAACAUGGGGGGAGGCUACUCGGCUUGGGUUGACGCUGGAUUCGCCGGGGACAAACCCCCGGAAGACCUCAAGAUUGCUUGCAAGUUCAGGCCAAAGGAAAACUAAAUCGGCACUUGAAACUUGAAAGUGAUGUUGUGACGUUGCAAUGAAAUUGAUGUUGUGAGAGGUUUCCUUUCUAAUAAUAAGGACACGAGCUCGACGAGUGUCUUAACUAUAUGGGCUGUUAAUUAUUUAUACUUUUGGGCUUUCUUCGGCCUAAACAUUAUAUCAUAUGCGUUUAUGUAUGGACUUCGGCCAUUUAAUUUCACAAGGUAUUAUUCAAAUAACUAUGAAAAAUAACAAUAUAUAUACACAUAAA